UGGUGCUGACACGGGCAGGGCCGAAAUCUGAGCCUCUCAGCCUGACGUCGGGACAGGCCCGAGCCGGCGGGGUGGUCGCUGAAUCCCCCCGCGGUCGCUAAGGCGCCUCUGCACCCCCGGCUCGGUCCUGGGCCGGGCCGGAAGCGGCCUUCGCCGCCCGGUCCUCGGCCUCCCGAAGCGUCCCGGCGAGAGGCUCCGGAGCCGGGUCCCCGCCUGCUGAAGGGUUGAAGAUCAGCUGGAUUAUGAAUUUCAUUUUGAAACCUCAAAACAACCCACAAACAGUAAAUUCUUCCUUGUAUUAUCUUUGUCAGGGGGAACAUAUUUCUAACAAGAAUCAGUAAUUGGAAGAACAAGAUUAAGUAUACAAUGUUUAAAUGAAGUUUUGAUCAGGAGAGGUGUUACUACCAGAUUUGUCCUCUGAGAAUAAGUUGAAAAUGAGUGAAGUUCAAGCAAUGGUUGAAUUCUCUGUGGAGCUAAACAAGUUCUACAAUGUGGAUUUAUUCCAGAGAGGUUUUUACCAGAUUCGUGCAUCUAUGAGAAUUCCACCAAGAAUUCCCCACAGAGUAGAAGCCAGUUUGUUACAUGUAACAGGUACGUCUUUAGCCUUUCCAGCUUCAGUUCAUGAUUCUUUGAUUUGCAGUAAAACAUUUCAAAUUCUAUACAAAAAUGAAGAGGUGGUUUUAAAUGAUGUAAUGAUCUUCAAAGUUAAAAUGUUGUUGGAUGAAAGAAAGAUUGAAGAAACCCUUGAGGAAAUUAAUUUUCUAUUAUCCUUGGAUCUACACUUCACAGAUGGAGAUUAUUCGGCAGAUGAUCUGAAUGCUUUACAACUAAUAAGUAACCGAACUUUGAAGCUGCACUUUAGCCUCUAUAGAGGGCUUCAUCAUCAUGUGAAUGUAAUGUUUGAUUAUUUCCACCUUUCCGUGGUGUCUGUUACAGUUCAUGCAUCACUGGUUGCACUACACCAGCCACUAAUAAGCUUUCCUCGCCCUGUGAAGACUACUUGGUUAAAUAGAAAUGCACCAAUACAAAACAAAGAUUCCAUGAUUCCCACUCUGGAAAGUGUUGUUUUUGGUAUUAACUACACAAGACAGUUAUCACCAGAUGGCUGUAACUUCCUCAUUGCAGACUCUUUCCUACGCCAUGCUUAUCAUUUUCAUUAUACGCUUUGUGCCACUUUGCUACUGGCCUUCAAGGGAUUGCACAGCUACUUCAUUACAGUAACAGAAGAGAUCCCUUCUUGUCAGAAACUAGAACUGGCCAAGGCCAACAUGCAGGUCCUAUAUGAGCGCCUUCUCAGAAGAAAACAGUCAAGAACCCAGAAAGACACCUGUACAGUAGAGGAAAUGGAUGUUGAAGCUCGACUUACUGAACUAUGUGAAGAAGUUAAGAAAAUAGAAAAUCCUGAUGAACUUGCAGAACUUAUCAAUAUGAAUCUUGCACAACUUUGCUCACUUCUGAUGGCCUUAUGGGGACAAUUUCUAGAAGUUAUAACACUACAUGAAGAACUAAGAAUACUAUUAGCACAAGAACACCAUACCUUGAGGGUUCGCAGAUUUUCUGAGGCUUUCUUUUGCUUUGAACAUCCUAGAGAAGCUGCUAUUGCAUUCCAGGAACUUCAUGCUCAGAGUCAUCUACAGAUGUGCACCGCUAUCAAAACCACUUCCUUCUGCAGUUCUCUUCCACCCCUACCUAUUGAAUGUAGUGAAUUAGAUGGAGAUCUCAAUUCAUUACCUAUAAUCUUUGAAGAUAGGUAUUUAGAUUCAGUUGUUGAAGACUUAGAUGCACCCUGGAUGGGAAUCCAGAAUCUUCAGAGAUCAGAGUCCAGUAAAAUGGAUAAACAUGAGACUGAAGAAAGCUCUGUAGCAGGACUUUCUAGCCCAGAGUUGAAGGUCAGAACGGCUGUUGCCUCCAGUGUUUGGUAUACAGAAGGUGAAAAUCCACUAACAAAAUCUCUAAAAGCAAAGAAUGAAGAAUCAAAUAAGUCCAAGGCUAAGGUCACUAAGCUCAUAAAAACCAUGAAACCAGAAAGCACAAAAAAAUUAAUAAAACAGAACUCUAAGGAUUCUGUGGUUUUGGUAGGCUACAAAUGUUUGAAAAGUACACCAUCAAAUGAUCUAAACAAAUGCUGUGACGGCAACCUUUCACAUAGUGAGAAGGAAGGUCUGGAUCCCACAAUAUGUGGAUAUAAUUUUAACCCAAAGACCUACGCCAGACAGACAAGCCAAAAGGAAACUAGUUAUUUGCCAACUAAUACAGAAAGAAUUGAACAAAAGUCUCCAGAUACUGAAAACAUGCAAGCAGACCAGUUCAAUGCUUUGAACUCUGGCAGCCUAAAUCUUUGUGCAAAUUUGUCCAUUUCAGGUAAACUUGCUUUCUGCCAGGAUGAUAGUGAAACUGCACCCAUGGAACAAAAUCUGGCAUCCAGAAGCUCAUCAGAUGAUUGCCAUGGUCGUCAAACAGCCCCACCUUCAGAAGCUAGAACUCUUGAAGGGAAGCCCAGUAGUAAAUAUCCUUUCAGUGAGGAGAAAGUAACAGUUAAAAUAGGACCUUGGACAGAGCGACAAGAAGAACUGUUUCUGGAGAAUUUACUACCCAACUUUGAAUCCUUAGAACCUAAUGAUAAAUCGAAAUACAUAGAAGUAACAGUUGAAAAGGAAGCUUUGCAGGAAGCAAAGUACCAUUCUGUUGGAGAAUCAUUAGCUAAAUUUAGAAGUAAUCCACCUGCUUUUUCUACAAAAGAAUAUCAUGUUUCAGUAAGUGGAGAUACAAUUAAAUUACCAGAUAUUAAUACCACUUAUGCCUCUUCUAGAUUUUCAGAUUCAGGUGUUGAAAGUGAACCAAGUUCUUUUGCAACCCAUCCAAACCCUGAGAUAGUCAUGGAAACUGCACAAGGGCAAGGUCUUUUCAAUGAAAGAUUAUUUCCUCAGCUCUUGGUGAAACCUGAUUAUAAUGUAAAAUUUUCAUUAGGAAGUCACUGCACUGAGAGUACAAGUGCUUUUAGUGAGAUACAAUCAUCGUUGACAUCUAUAAAUUCUCUACCUUCUGAUGAUGAACUGUCACCUGAUGAAAAACCUAAGAAAUCUGUUGUACCUGAAUGCCAUCUAGUAGAUAGCAAAACUGUACUAAGUCUAGGAACAAUUGAUUUACCAAAAUCUGGUGAUACUAAAAAGUCAAGUAUUAUUUCGCAACAGCAAUGUGUUGCAUUUUCAGGGCAUUUGGACAGUGAAACUUCGAUACAUUCCUCAAGUUCAAGCACUAAAGACCCUUUCCAACUUGUUUUUCCAGAUAAAGACAGUUCCAGUGUUGUAAAAAGUAGUUGCAACUCCAAACCUAACUUGGACACUCUUUAUAAAGAGUCCCAGACUCCUGAUAAACGUAGUAACUCUGCAGAAACAGCAAUUGCAUUAAGUUCAAAGCUGAUUUCGUUGGGCACUGCUUGUGUUGUUUCAGGUUCCAUUUCUACUAGUGGAGAAGUUAGUGAUGGUAGGACUGUGGAAAGAAAAAGUAAUGAUCCAUUAGAUCUCCAACGAAUUUAUUCAGAAGCCCAAACUGUUGAAAGUGAAGCUCAUAUGAGUGUGAGUGAGCCUUUUUCAGCCAGUGAUGAUGUAGUAAAGCAAGGGCUUGUGGAAAAUUAUUUUGGCUCUCAGAGAAGUACUUGUAUUUCUGAUGCAUGUGCUGUUGGCUUCUGCAAUUCCGAUAGUUCUCAGAAGGAAACCUGUGGAAAAGGAAAUAGUAAUCUUCAGCAGGAACAGGGCCAAGAGGAUGAGGAGGAAGAACAGGAUCAAGAAAUGGUUCAAAAUGGGUAUUAUGAAGAAACACAUUAUCCAGCUUUGGAUGGAACAGGAAAUGCUCACUAUAUAAGCAGAGAUGCUGAAGCUGAAGAAGGACUUAGAAAAUCUGAAAAAGUUAACAGUGAUUAUCCAAGGGAUGGGAUGAAUAUGCCUACUGUUUGUACUUCUGGGUGUUUAUCUUUUCCAUCUGCACCACGAGAGUCUCCUUGUAGUUUUAAAUAUUCUUCGAAAAGUAAAUUUGAUGCCAUUACAAAGCAGCCAUGCAGCAUUCCUUACAACUUCACAUCUUCAAUUUCUUGGUAUGAAAAUUCACCAAAACCUCAAAUACAAGCCUUCCUUCAGGCAAAAGAAGAAUUGAAGCAACUUAAACUCCCUGGGUUCAUGUACAGUGAUGCCCCCCUGUUGGCUUCAUCAAUACCGUAUUUUAGCAUGGAGGAAGGAGAUGGUUCUGAAGAUGGAGUGCAUCUCAUUGUCUGUGUGCAUGGUUUAGAUGGUAACAGUGCAGAUCUCCGACUGGUAAAAACGUAUAUUGAACUUGGACUACCUGGAGGAAGAAUUGAUUUUCUUAUGUCUGAGAGAAAUCAGAAUGAUACUUUUGCUGAUUUUGAGAGCAUGACUGAUCGUCUUUUGGAUGAAAUAAUACAAUAUAUUCAGAUAUAUAGCCUAACAGUCUCAAAAAUAAGCUUUAUUGGACAUUCAUUGGGCAAUUUAAUCAUUCGUUCAGUGCUUACAAGGCCAAGGUUUAAAUAUUACCUCAGCAAACUUCAUACUUUUCUCUCUCUUUCUGGACCUCAUCUUGGUACCCUCUACAACAGCAGUGCUCUAGUUAAUACAGGUCUCUGGUUUAUGCAGAAAUGGAAAAAAUCAGGUUCUCUUUUGCAACUGACAUGUCGAGAUCACUCUGACCCUCGCCAAACUUUUUUAUAUAAACUCAGUAAUAAAGCUGGACUUCAUUAUUUCAAAAAUGUUGUGCUGGUUGGAUCCCUACAGGAUCGCUAUGUUCCUUACCAUUCUGCCCGCAUUGAAAUGUGUAAAACAGCUUUAAAGGACAAGCAGUCAGGACAAAUCUAUUCAGAAAUGAUCCACAACUUGCUUCGCCCAGUUCUACAAAGUAAAGACUGUAAUUUGGUUCGAUACAAUGUUAUCAAUGCAUUGCCCAAUACAGCAGAUUCACUCAUUGGGAGAGCUGCUCAUAUAGCUGUUCUUGAUUCAGAAAUAUUUUUAGAGAAAUUCUUUCUGGUUGCGGCCCUCAAAUAUUUCCAGUAGGAUAAAAACAUUGUUAGAGACUUGACAAUUACCUCAUCCAACAGUGAUUUAAAUGAUGUAUUAUAAUAGUUAAUUAAGUUCUAAGAAAUAUUUAUACCUUUUUAUAUGGAAGAUAAUUUAUAUCAUCCAUGAGUAGAGCUUUUUAAACAUCAACUUUAUUUUCUAAGUAAUGUGGCUGUGCAAUAUUUUUUAAAUUUUAUCUUUUUACUUUUCUAUUACUUUUUCAUAUAUUUUGCUACCUAAGUAGAACUUAGUGGAACUUCAGUGGAACUUUAAGCCUAUAUGGACAUCUGAUUGGCUUUCAUGAUUCUUACAUCAGACUACAUCUUACUACAGGCUGUUAUUGCUAGAAUAGCAUGGGAUUUUUAAUUUUCUAGUUUGGGGGGGUGUUAUUUAGCUCACUAUAACUUUUUCUUUUAACAUUUUACUGUAUUUUAACUGGAAAUAAAAUUAUGGCUGCUAAAAUAUAUUUUUGAGAUCAACUUCUUUACUCUUAAAACAUCCCUUUAUCUUGUCAUCAGACCAGGUAGCUCAGACAUGAUAGUGUUGUGACUGUUUUCUACAAAACCAUUACUAUCGCUAUUACACACAUAUCAUGCCUAUUACAAUAUUUUUCUACUGUUGGUUUAAACAUCAUUUCUCAUAUUGACUCAUUACUGGAAUUUUUGUGUUCACAUUAGCAGCAUAUACAAAUUUUUUAAUUUCCUCUGCAUUGAUUUGGUUGGAAUUUUGCUACAUUUGGUAAUGUUGCCUGAACUUUUUGACUCAUUCUUUAACUUUUUCAUAUACUUUCUUGUUUGUACAUAAUAAUUAAAUGUUGAAAUUUAUGUAAUACUUUUAUGAAUUUAGAUAAAUGUUAACUAUUGUUACAAUUUAUUGAUCCGAAGAGUAAUGUAAAUAAAAUGCUUCAUGUUAAAAUGGAAAAAAUUAUCUUUACAUGUUUGGUGAUGCAGAUGCAGAUGUUUUUGAUAUAUGGAGAUGUUAAAUUUUGACUCCACUAAAGGUGCUAAAUAACUUUAAAUUCACUAUUUUUCUUCCGUUUUUCUUGUGAUGCACUAAGGGUGGAUGGAAAGUCUGUUUGCCUUCAUCAAUUGUAAUGGACAGAGGGUUUUUGUAAGUAUGAGUUAUAUAAUUGAUGCAUGUUUAUUUUCAGUAUUGUGUUCAUUGCUUCUGGUGUAAAUAAAUGAAGAAAUAUGUGUUUUGA